GGAAACUGCCGCGUACACCUGUUAAGUCUUUUAUAAACGUUCUCGUCCUGACGGUUUCAAGGUAUAGAGUGUUUUCACAUGACGUCACGGCGACCAUAUUGGUGUCCCAAAACAAUGAAACGACGGCCAUGUUGUGUCCCAAACCAAUCCUGUGGGAGUUGAACUCCUUUCUUAUGCAAACGCUAUCUUUUGUUCCAAUAAAUUUGCAUAGAUGCUGGCCACGUGAGUGAAAACACUCUAUUUAAUUUACAGUGUCUGUUGCAGGUGUCGAAUUAAUCUUGCAGCAAGUGGAAACGUGGCCACGCCUGCUGAAACUGAGAUUGCUUGUAGGAUGAACGGCUAUAGUUUGGUAUAUUCACGAGCGUGUUUUGUCCAGUGAACUGAGUGCGUAGUUUUUCUUAAAGAAGGGAUGGGGUGGGUCAAGUGAAUAGUUCGGGGAACGUUUGCUCUCUUUAGAGGGGGGUAUAUUUGUUGAUAUCAGGAGUUCUGGCCUGGAUAGAGUCGUUGUAAAGCUAUUUUAGCUUCGGAGUAUCGGUUUACCGGAAGCUGAGCAAGGAAAAGUCAAUGGUGCAUUUAUGGAAUAAUAAUAGAGAUUCUCAUGGUCUAACAGUGCGAAGAUUAGACUUCUGGUAAGGUGGCAACGAUCAAGGCCCGAAUUAUAAUUCAUAAUAAUUGAAGGUCAUGACGUAAAAAAAGCGACUGAAAUGGUGGAUGCCAUGCAAUCCUCUCGGGUGGGGGCGGCGUACUUGGCCUUAACGGUUGCCCCUGCGACAGAAGGCAAGCAUGCCCAGAUUGUCCACGGGUUGCUAAAUGAGACCGUCCCUUUCUUAGUACCCGUUCCCUGUCUUAUAAUUAGACCCCGGAAAAUUUCUCGAGAUUGCAACAUCAUUUUGGGCUUAAAGCUUCCAAAGUUCAACAAUAAUAGCGCAUGUUCGCGACGGUUUUUUAAGUCAGUCAAGUUCUUAAACCAGGCCUUAAAAGGCCAGUUUUAAGUGUCGAUAACAGUUAAAAAGGCAUACAAGCCUCAUGCAAAAGACAGUGGGAAGGAAGUGCACAUCGGUGAUGGGGAAAAAGGAGAAGCUCACAGUUAUUUAGGGGUGGAUCUUUCCAGGGGCGGAUCUAGGGGGAGGGUGCAGGGGCUGCGCACCCCCUGAGAUGACCUGCGGUUUUCUAAUACAACUGGUAUUCUGCAAAAAAAAUAAACUAUGUGGUUUAUUGGUGUUGAAGUAGUAGAGCAAGAGAAGAGUGCACCCCCUCCUAAAAAAAAUCCUGGAUCCGCCCCUGCUUUCGAAACAUUCCUAUACUCUUGGACAGAUAUGCAUUGUUUAAAGUUUUAGACAAACCAGGUGUAAAUUUAUAGUAACAAACUGUUAAAUAUACAUCAGCAAGAUUUUUGCGAAUCCUAUUUUUCGCUGGAGACUAUCGUUUACUGGCUGGUCACGCAAUCAAAGGUAACGUACUUUCCUACGUUUGUUUACUCACCUUUCGCUCAGCAAUACACUGCGUUCCACAAAGGAUGCAAAUUGCGCUACAAAUGUUUUGCUAUUCGGCCCUCUUUUUAUCUCAGGUAAGGCACUGCAAAGCUGAUUCACUUACGAAGAUUCGAGGGAGAAUUAUUUCUUGAUGUUAUUCUGAUUUCGCAGUCACGGGAAAACAGACCUAGACUCAGGUCCACUCGCAGACGCCAUGGUACAAUCUACAAGAUCUCAAGAGCAGAAAUUACCCAUUGGACGGCCUCUCCUUUUGAAGAUUGCGUGUAUUUCAUUAAAACAGGUAGAUAUUAAAAGAAUCUUGUUAGUUUCGCCCUUUUAAUGAGCUCAAAUCGAUGCAUAAAACUAAGGUGACGUGCACGUGUCAACUGACCCUGGGGUCAAUUAGCGGUUGUUUGGGGCAAAAUAACCUCAAAAUAAUCAAUCUAUUUUACAAGCGUUCGCGAGAACACCAGACUAACUUUCAGGUAAUGUUGAAGUACUAUAUCUCAGUAGGUAGUAAGCGGGAUUUGGGGUGAUUUGGAGAAUUCCCCCAUAUAGAAAAUUCGAUUUUGGUUUUAGCGGUAAAUUGUUGUAUUUAUAAGCAUUAUGCAAAUUACGUUUCAAAAUUCUGCUGGUUCGUCGAUAUUUUAUGCUCUAAAUCUAAAAAAUGUGCCGUUCAGAAAUUGUUAGACAUCUGCUUUUUGAGAUUUAAGUGGAAGAUUGCCAAUAUAUUCGCUCGUUUAUGAAAGUCAGCUCAUUUCUGUCGCUAGGCUAUAUUGCCGUGUUCGGCGGCUAAUUUUAGGCCCCCAGACCGUUGAAAUCGAAAAUCUUAAAUAAUUCCCAAACUCGGCCGCAUUUUGAAAUUUAAACCUCAGCAGUGUUAUAAACUCAUUAAAACCUUAUUACAGACUGAAAAUGAGGUUAAGUUAGGUUUUGAGCUGUGGCCACGAUUUGCCGAUUUUGCUCGAUUUUUCUGUGCAUUCGCUCUUAAGAGGAGACAACCGCAAAACAGGUCAUUUCACGUCGUUGAUGGAAGGAGAACGGCUCUGAAAUGUACAAAAAUGAAAAAUGCACUUGCAAAGCAUACAAAAUUACUGUUUUUCACUAUCAAAUAUGCAAAUGUAUGACGUUCUUGUCGUCGUCCUGGCUACUUAAUAGGGAGCUUUAGCAUCGACGACGGCAAAUUGCAGCGAUAACGCCAUAAAUUAAAAUUUGAUUGGUCGAAGGAGGAAAAAUAAGCGUGCUGCACGUGCAGCACGCACUUAUAAACAAGUCCGUGCCGUCCUCUGCAAAACAACAACGUGAAAUUACCACAUUUACCGUUCUGAUGACAACUUGAGCAUACAACUGUAAAUCUGUAAUUCUCUGUAUUUAAUUCAACGGCGCGAACACCAGUCCAGUUGUGGCUUGCUUUGCCAACACAAGAUAUGACAAUCGCAAAUAGUCACAAUUGCGCAAGUGUUUAUUUUCAAGUGCCGUUUUCCUAGCAGUCGCCGUCGUCAUUGCUAAAGCUCCCUAAUUAAGCUCCUUGUUAAUAAGUUGCGUACGAGAUAUCGCACAGCCCUCACUCUUCCACACCGGGUGUUUACUCAAAUCUCUUCUAAAGACUUUCGAUUUCUUGAGUUGCCAUCCUGAAUGGCUGCUAAUUUUACACUCAGGGUCAAACCAGCAGCUUGCAUAAAUUGAAAUAAAUCUAUGCGUGUUUCCUCUUACUGAUGAUAAAAAUUAGCCAAUUAGCACUGUAGAAUAUCUGAUAGACCUAAAAAACGUAUAAUUUGCGGUAUCCUCUUUUUUUGUCACAGGACUUCAAUCAAUUAUCUUCUCAUGAACCUGGCUGUUGCCGACAUGCUUGUGGGGUUAUUUUUCACCCCUCAAUAUAUUUUUAAGCACAUGUUUACCCAUCCUGGCGGUCUUGCUGGCAACGUCCUUUGUAGGUUACUGACGGGUAGCAAUGUGGCCUGGGUCGGAGGUGCCGCAUCCGUGUUCACGCUGGUUGUCAUAGCAAUUGAACGCUACAGCGCCGUCAUGGAUCCAUUUGGGAACAAAGGAAGACUUACAAAACGCAGACUGAAGGUAACAAAGUGACAUGAUAUAAAUUGCGAAUAGUUCAUAAAAGUGGUGAAAUAAUGUUUGCAUUUAAUCCCAAAAAAGAUUUCCUAGGCUAUUUCCUUAAAUUAUGAGUGAAAGAAAUGUUGGUGAGGUGUGGCUGAGAUAUGUAUUGAAGAAAUGAUCUUUACACUUGCUGGACAAUCUCAGCGAUUGUCUCAUAUAUGCACUGAAAAAUUUUCAGGUGCAUAUCGCUGAGAUUGUCUAGCAAGUGUGAGGAUCAUUUCUUCAAUUCAUUCCUUACAGUGCUACGCGCCUUACCGUUGCCACUCGAGAAAUUUUCGAUUAAAUUUUGACAACUUUUUGCUAACUUCAAAACGAGCCAGCCAAUCAGAACAUGAGAAUUUCCAAGGGCGGAGAUGUCAAAUAAUAAGUUCAUUCACUCCCUUGGGAAUUUACAGGUCUCACAACAAGAGGACGAAAAUGGCGUUUCAGGUGAAAGUGGAAUACGGAGGGAAACGCUUCGCAACUUUUCUCUUAGAAAACGUAUCAUACGAUGGUCUUGUAAGUAGCAUAAGAAAGAAUUGUUCUUCUUUGGCUCACCUGGACGCAGAUAAUAUUAGACUUCGCUACCGUGACGAGGAUGGCGAUAUGGUGAAUGUUUGUCAAGCAGAUUUGUUUGCGUUCUCGGAAAUGCUUCGCACGUCAAAAGAAGUGAAAGACCGCGUCUGCAAGAAAAUAUUCAUUCAAGCUAACGAAAUUGACUCUCUGUGCCCGCGCAAAAUGAAGCGAGUGGAUUCUGGCGUGGAAAAUCCAAGUACCGGCGACGAACUUAGUUGUUUAGAACCCAAACAACUGUCAUUUUAUGCACCAACUUUUCCGUCAGCAAGUUUCACUGAAGACGCGCGAGCGAGUCCCGCAUCAGCUCAAAAUGACCAGCAAGGAUGUAGCCCGUUAGAUUCAAAACAACAGGAAAUGAAAGACAGUCUUACUGUUUUGCAAGUGCAGAUAGUUACUGCAAAGGAAGCACUGCAAAAACUUAAUCAGCUAGAGAACGAGUACGUGACACUCUCAAGUCUUCGAGGACGCGUGUGCAAUAGAGCGUUUUCACAUGACGUCACAUUUUUCGCGGGAAAUUUGAGUCGCCAUGUUGGUGUUCCACAUUUUUCAACAUUGCGGGAUAUCCUCUCUCAGAUAAUGCCAACACGCUCGAUCCCCACGUGAAAAAACGCUAUUUAGAGAAGAUUUCUUGUGUUGGAAUCGAUCCUGUCUUGAUACCAGACAAAACGUACGAUCCAGAGUGCGUGCCUCCUGUCGAAUCCAUGGAUUUAUUGUCGUUUUUGGUGCUCGACACGAGUUAUUACAGUAAGGACCAAUUUAAGGAUUAUAGAAGUUUGCAGUCUUAUAACCAGUUGGUUUCAGGAUUUGUAAGUAGCGUUAAAGGACAAAAAAUAGGCAACAAAUACAUAGUGUCUGGGAAAGUCAGACAUUCACAAAGAAUGAACGAUCCAUUUGUCGCACUUUGGAUAAUAACCGAACACAAUGGUACGGUUCUCUUCGCUCACUGUGUGGGAUGCAUGGCGGGUCAAGGGGAGUGCUGAUCGCAUAUCGCAAGUGUUUUGUUCUACAUCGAGGCAUGGAAUCGGAUAAACGAAAAAUUAACCUGUACACAGGUAAAAUGCACCUGGCUGUUACCCACCGCUGUGAAAGAGGUUGCUUAUGCCCCAAUCGCUGACAUUGAUUUUCGCUCAGCAAAGAGACUUAAGCGAAAUUUGGACGAAACCAUCAACAAUUUGACGACUACCAAAGGAAGUACAGGCACUCAUUCUAGUGAGGUGGCAAAGGUGGCAGCUCCCGUCCCAGGUGAUACUGAACUAAUGAACUUUUAUGCAGAACUGAAUUCUUGCAAGACUAAGGCUGCGGCUUUAAGCUUGAUUCACCCCUUCUCGGAUGCUUUUGUUUCUAAGAGAAGAAACGUACCAACUAUCGCAGAUCUAUUUGACAAGAAGUACCUAGACUUCGGGUAUCAUGACCUACUCAAGGCCUGUGAAAAAAUUUCCCCAAAAAUCACUGAUGAAGAGGUGAGGCUCAUAGAGGAAGAUACCAGAAGCCAGUCAAAGGGCUCUAGCUUCUAUCGUCACAGGGCUGGGAGAAUUGGGGCAUCAAUUAGCAAAGCAGCAUGUCACACCAACCCAGCACAGCCCUCACAAUCACUUAUUAAAACAAUUUGUUACCCAAACAUUUUCACAUUUAGUACAGAGGCUACAAACAUGGUUGUAAACAUGAAAGUGCUGCUAUUGAAGCUUAUGAAAAGAUCAUGAAGGAAAAGCACAUCAACUUUCAAGUAACGAAAUAUGACACGUUUAUCAAUAAACAGUAUCCAUGGUUACAUGCCACACCUGACUUUUUGUGUUGGUGUGAUUGCUGUGGGGAUGGAUGUGGGGAGGUAAAAUGCCCCUAUUGUUUAAAGGAUACAGACUUGGAGCAGUAUAUUAACAAAUACAACUCUUGUUUGAAGUCAGAAAAUGGAGAUGCAAGUCUAAAAAGGGAACAUGCCUACUAUUACCAAACCCAACAGCAAAUAUUCACUGCUGGAAAGCUUUACUGUGACUUUGUUGUUUGUGGUUUUCAUGAGCAAAUUGAUCUCUUCUGUAAAAGAAUUUUGCCUGAUGUCAGCCACUGGCACUCUUUUGUUUCCAAACUUAAUCACUUCUGGAGAUACUGUGUGCUACCAGAAAUUCUGGGAAGGUGGUAUACUCAAAAGCGAAGUUUGUCUCAUUCAUCACCUGAUCCCAAUUCGGCUUGUUUUUGCAGACUGGCAACUGGAGGGCCUGUGGUAACAUGCACAAACCAAGCAUGCCCCAUUUCUGCUUUUCAUUUAUCUUGUUUGAAAAUUACAAAAGUACCUAGCAAGUGGUUUUGUCCCCUGUGCCAAAAAACACCAGCAGCCAGAAAUGAAAAAUCAAAAUGUAAACAGACAAGAGAUAUUUUGGAUGAAGCUCUCAAAUUAGAUUUUAUCUGCACGUGCAAACAGAAGCCACUAUGUUAAGAUAAACUGCUGAAAUGCCAUAACCCAUUUUGUCAAAGUGGAAAGUUUUUUCAUUUGCCCUGUUUAAACUUCAAGCGGAUGCCGAACAAUGCAAUGACAACUUGGGAAUGUAUGUAAAUCAGGAGGAAAAACUGAACAAAGCAAAAAAGUUGUUAAUGACUCUUUCAAUACAUCUGAUGAUGGAGUUGUGAUAACUGGAGUUUCAAAAUGCUCUUCAGAAAAGUCAGCAUCACUUGCAAAGCUGAAGGAUGGGCAUUACCGACUGAUUUCGUCACCCAAUGGUUGGCUUGACUGUGACAUUAUCCAUGAAGUACAUGUUUGUCUCAGAAACAUUAAUCCAGAUGUGGAGGGCUUAUAGAGACCAACUUUGGGCCCUGACAGAAACUUCAAUCAAGUUAAUGGGGAAUUUAUUCAGAUUUUGCAUACUGGUAAUGCCCACUGGGUUUGUGUAGGCUCAGUAGGGUGUGAAGAUGGCACUGUCAACUUGUAUGACAGUCUGUAUCAUAACAUUAUUCUAAAUGAAGUACAAGAGCAGGUACUCAAUCUUGUUGGACAUUCAAAUUUUACUGGCAUUCAAGUUCUCCCUGUUCAACAACAGUAAAAUGGCAGUGACUGUGGAGUAUUUGCUGCGGCCUUUGCUACAUGUCUUGCUUAUGGUAUACACCCUGAAACAGUGCAAUUUGAUGUCCUUAAAACGAGAAACCAUUUAUGUCAGUCUUUAAAAUCUGGUGUGUUGAAAAUGUUUCCUACAUUUUAGACUGCAUGAGGUACAUCUUUGGUUAAAAAAUUUUUGAAGAGAAAGAAUAGCUGCUUUAUUAUAGAGAAAAUAAUAUAGUUGCCCAAUGGACCUGCAUAUUGGAAAGGAACAAUCAAUUCACAUAGUAGUAAUUUUACCCAAUAUAUAACUAACCUGAUAACUUCAUUGACCACUAAGUUCUUGAUUGACAAACACGGGAAUCAUUGUUGCCAUUGUGUAUGAACAAGACAAAAUACUGCUGAAAUACCAGGAUAUAAUGCUCAUCCCAUGCUUAAACAGUAGCGCCUCCACAAAACCUUAGAUCCAAAACCUUUAUGUAGUUAUUCAAUGAGCAAAUAGUGCUAUCGUAUAUAGUGGACUACAUGUAUUCAAUUACUGGUAUCUAAUGUUUGGCUCUCAGCGAAUGAAAAUCAUUUAGAGGAUAAUUCUAUCUGCUUUGAUAAUGAUGAAGAUGAUGAUGAGACCUUUAUUCAAGUGUCAACCUGUACUAGCACUAAGUGAUGACUCUAAAAGAAGUUUUAAAAGAAUAAAUAAAUUAAUUAAUUCAUUAAAGAUGUAAAAAACCAGAAUGUUGAGAAAAAAAAUUAGGAAAAACUAUGUAGUGUGUGCAAAUAAUAAAUUCAGGAGAACUGUAAAGAAUAUGAACAAAUGUAGCUAUUACAGGUCAAAUUUUACUUUAGGUUAAUUUUGAUUUAACCAAGGUUGAUUCUCCCUUUCCUUUGUUUCCUAGCCCUAAUUUAUGAAUAAUUAGGGCUAGGAAACAAAGGGAUAGAAGAGAAAGUAAAACCAUUGGAUGAUACAGUGGAAACAGCUCAAGCCCGAGGCCAAGGCUUUGAAUAUUGAUGACAAAGAUGAAGAAUGCUGAAACUCAAGAAAAAAAGUUAUGAAUGACAUGGCUAAAUUUUGUAUUGUUUCACUUCAUUCUACAUUGCUAUGCUUUUGUGAAGUAUUAUUGCAGGGUGAAGCCAUUACAGUACAAUACCAUACAUAACUUGGUCGGAGUAUUAAAUAUCAAUUCUGUCUCACUCAUGUUUGCAAAGAUAUGUGUCUUAUAAAAGCUGAUGGGCUUACUCAAAGGGAACAACAGAUGCGGAAAGAUUUGUAAGGGCUGCACAAACCCUGAUCAUCCUGUCAAUAAGUGGAAUUUUUCCACUUUUCUCUGAACAUGUCAAAUAAUCCAUUGGUAGUAUUCCCUGCAGGAUAGAAUACUUUUGCCUCAGGAGUCCAAUGACACGCUCGACAUGUAUUCGCACAUUCGCAAUUCCUCGUGUUCGUUUCCCAUCAAGUGGAUCAAGUUGAUUCUUUCCUCUAGUGAAGGCAGGGAUAGCUAACUGUGCCUGGUAGAGUGCAACACUUUCCUGAAUGGUGAACCCUCGGUCUGCCAUAACAGGGUCCCCUGGCUUCAAGUGGUUCAAUAAACCACACUUAUCAGAAAAAUAGACCCUUGGGGUGUAAUUGCGAUGAGCACCUUGACAGUAUUGUGGUGUUUAUAGUUAGAAAAUGUUUGUGCUCUCCCUAGAAGAUUUGAAGGUCGCUCUAUGAAGAUCUCAAAACAGUCAAUAAUAAUGGUGGUUUUUUUUCCAAAUGAGAACUGAAAACAAAGAGGCAUCGUGUGCCAGAGCUCCUCUCGUUCAGGCCAUCUGAUGAUAGGGGAAAGCUUGAUAUCCAUCACAGUUAACCAGGUGGAGAAGGUUCUUGAAACUACUAAGAGAAACGCCAAACCUAUACGCAAACCAAACCUAUACGCAAGGUCUUAAUAAAUUCUUGAAACAAAGACAAACUUUUACUCCUUCCAGUGACGAAUGGACUGAUGAAAGAAAAAGUUGCUUUGAGCACAUCAAAGCCCGGCAAACCAGUGUAAAACCUCACUCUGUCAUCAUGAUCAGCAAAAUAUUCCUCAGUAAAAGGUUGCAGAACAGCUUGCUUAAAUAUAUAUUCAAAUUCAGUUGUUUGGGUUUCAGUAUUUUGGGUAGUUUUUACCCCUGACUCUGGCGUUUGAGUUUCAGCAUUCAUUGUUUUCUGGUCAUGACUUCCGUAUAAUUCUUCCUUGGUUUCUGGAUCUUUGUCAUCAACACUCAAAGCCUCGGCCUCGGGCUCGGCCUCGUAGAAUAUCUCAUCAGCUGUUUCCCCUGUAGCAUCCACUCGUUUCCCUUUUUCUUCCACCUCCUUUUCUGAGAUCUCUGCUCGACGUUUGCGUCUGUUGGCAGCUCUCUGUGCUCUAGCAGCUGCUUCUUCAGGAUCCUAUACAUGCUGUUUUGAAUGACCAAGAUGGAGGGUAGGGACCCAAUCUACGUUGAAUCGAUCCCAAUAUUUCGCAGCUUCUCCUGAAACGAAGUGCUGGCUGCAGACCCGAACACGUUCUAAAAUAUCAUCAGUUAAGUCUUCUCUACUUAUCGCAGAGAUUCACAUUCUUCUUCGCUCAGAAGUAAGUUCCCCGGUGUACUCUCCUUGAUUGACUAUAACACGUGGGACACGAAAAAACCUUACUUCUUCCCUGUUUUGUUCCCACAGCUAAUGAAAAGGCAAAGGACCAUGAUAAAAACAAUAUUCUGGUUAUCAUGGAACACCAACAUGGCGGAUGAAGUCCGUUACCAUGACGAUAUAGAAAUUUGGUCACGUGAGUGAAAACGCUCUAUAAUUGUCAUGCAACUGGCCAUACCGAGACAACAUGCCGCA